UAUUGUUUGGCUAUGCAUUAAAUUUCAAAAAGGUUAAAUGGAUAGAUUCACUCAACCAAAACAAAAGGAUCCUCAAAAAAACAAGGAAGAAUCCAACCAACAAACAAACGCGGAGUAAUAAUCGAUAUAAAUUGCGGAAUGCGAAACCCACUCCAUACUCAGUCAGUUACUGCAUUUUAUUCUUCUUCUCCAACAAAAACAAAAAAAAACCAUGGAUUUGAAAUUUGAGACACAAAAAGGAGAGAAAUUCACCAUGGAAAUAGGCUACUUUGACACAGUUUUAGAGGUCAAAGAAAAGAUUGAGAAAUACAAAAAAAUACCAAUUUCUAAACAAACCCUUGUUUAUAAUGGCAAGAUUCUUGAAGAUUCUGGUGAUGUUGAAUCUUGUGUUCUUCUUCAUAAUUCUUAUGUUCGUCUCAUUGUUGCACCCAUUCAUGAAGAUAAUAAUAAUAAUAAUAAUAAUAAUAAACCAAAAUCCCCUGAAAAACUCAAAUUACAACAACAACAACAACAACAACAACAACAACUUCCUGGUAAUCAUGAAGAUCCAUUGUUGCUUCAAAUAUUUUCUCACCCGGUUAAGAAAACCCGGAUUAUUCUUAGACUGCCGUCUCCCAAAUCGUCUGCUUCUGCCCAGAAACUCGGCAUUGAUGUUGACCUCAAUGAUUCUGUUGAGCACCUCAAGAAGAAACUCUACCAGAUUGAAGGUUUCCCUGCACAUCAGCAAGCACUGUUCUUGAGUAAGAGUAUAGAGUUGAAGGAUAACAGACAUUUACGCGAAUAUGAGAUAAAAGAUGGGUGUGAGAUCGAUGUCUUGCUUAAGCAAAGCUCAGCUCCUAAGCCUAGUUCUGGCAUGAAAAACACAAUGUUGACAACCAGUUCCAAGAAGUUGCAAGUGAUUGUGCUACCAAAGUGUGGAACUAAGAAGUUCAUGUUGGAAGUUAACCCCAUGGAAAAAGUGCAGGCGCUAAGAAAUGAACUGGAGAAGCUGCAGCAACAGGAUAGGAAGUUUAAGCUUCCAUCUGAAGGCUAUUUCUUCAUCUACAAGCAUAAUGUGAUGGAGGAGAAAGAGACUUUCCAGUGGCACAAUGUUCGUCAGCAUGAUACUAUUGAGAUCUUCAAUGGCAGCAUUACUGGUGGAUCAUGAAUAUCAUGCUAUCUCACACGGCCAUGGCUCUUGUGUGUUCCGGGUCUGCUGUGGUUUUUGCAACCUCGGCCACUUAACUGCAACUAUUUUAUCAGAAAAAAAAACUUAUUUGUGCGUAAAAAUGUCUGAAAAACACUUAUUUUUUCGAACUUAUAUUAUCUGAACUUAACUGCACUUAUUUUGUCUGAAAUAAGUCGAACAGAACAAAGCCUUCAAGCUGGACAGAAAAAGAUUAGUCCAUUCAUCAAUGAAUGGCUCAUGAUCAAAGUACCAAAAGAUGACUUUGAUAAUGCUCACAUUGCUACUACACAAAAUGUCAAUAAUGAAUAAAUCAGCCACCAAGUAGUAUUGAAAUUGAGCAUGGUUUACAGAAUGAAACAUAAUCCUCUCGAUUUCUGGAGAACUCUAAACUUGAAUGAAUGUACAUGGAAUGCUAAAAGGUGUGUGCCAAAUCAACAAACAGCAUCAUAAGGGCAAAGAGGCAAAUAACCCAGUAAUUACACACAGCCUCCUCUGCAGUCUGCUCACACUAAUUACAAUGAAUAAGCAACUUCUACUAGGAUAUAGUACUUCAAGCCUGUGCCAGCCAUCCAGAAAACUUAUACCACCUAAUUACCUACCUAAGAUUUGUAUGAUUAUCCGCCCGCUCAAGUUAAUUAAUUUCGUUCAAGAAGAAUACCAUGCAUCAUCAUCAAUCACCUCCACAACCAGUUAAAACUCAAUUAUGUUACCUAGAUUUGGUUUUCCUGUGCCAGUAAACCGCAGAGUUUACAAGAAAUCAAAGAGACAUCAAGCCGCAGAAUUGUUUCUUUCCAGCAUCAACUUAUCUUUCUCAGCAACUCGGCUGACGAAACAAACAUAAUCCAACAGCAUGAUCCUCUUCAUGAUGGAAAUUAACUAUCUGGA